CAAAUAGUUAAAAACAGUGAUGAUGUUACUGAAAAAAACAGAGUAUUCUUUUUGAUUUGGGUUUAAUUACAAUGCUUAAACUCGUUCGUUAGCCUGUCUUUGCAUGUGCGAGCUGAAUGAAGAUUGGCUCCAGCAAGUCGCCCCCACGUUUUGUAAAACCGCCCCCACUAUUAUCCACCGAAGGAUUUUUCUGGGGUUACCGAGUGGACUUCGGAGAUUCCAUUUUCGACCUUCAGGACUUGGUCACCGGAGGAAAUUUCAUCGUUUCAGAGAGAGGUACGAGCUCUGUUCUUCAGUUUCAGCCCAUUUACUGAUGUGGGGUUGCCACAUUUUGUCAAUUACAGCAUUUGGGUUGUUCUAGUUUUGCUGAAGUUGUACUGCACUUUGUUGAUCUGGUAGAUUUGAGGUUCUUUUGUUUUCAUGGUUUGAGUUCUUCUGGUUUGGAUUGACUGGGGGGGUUUUGUUGGGGUUUCUUUGAAGUUUCUUAGUUGUGGGGUAUAUUGAAUCAGUGUUUUUGCUGUACAUUCUUUGUUAAUUUGGAGUGAUUUGGAUGAAUUUGGUGAUACAUUGACUGAGAGGUGCUAUUUGGGUUGUGAUUACCUUGUGAAGUUUAUGUGUCAAUGAUUUUUGAAUCGGGAAUGGAGGUGUAGUGUUGGAUUUUGAGUAUUUAAGGGUCUGUGAAUUGGAUUAUGGCUUCACCUUCUCCAAGUAUUUCUCCUCCUGAGAAUCCAUCAGAUUCUUCAUUUUUUUCACCUCCUUCUCCUUCUCCUCCGGCGGAAUCUGCAACCUCUCCCUCAUCUCCAACAUCCUCUGUGCCUAAUCAGACGGGUGAACCUCCUUCAUCGCCUUCUGGUUCUUCAGCUCCACCUCCUCAAUCACCCCCAGCUGCUCCUGAUGCUUCUCCUACAUUGUCUCCUCCAGUGACAGCAUCACCUACUCCACCAACAACCUCACCUCCUUCUCCCCCUUCAGGUUCCACACCUUCACCCCCACAAUCUUCGCCCUCACCACCGCCACCUUCGACACCAACCUCCCCACCACCACCUUCAACAUCAACCUCUCCACCAUCACCUUCAACAACAACCUCUCCACCACCACCUUCAACAACAUCACCAUCACCACCUCCCCCCGAGGGAUCCACUCCCUCUCCUCCUCCACCUGAAGCUUCACCUUCCCCACCUGAUUUGUCGCCUCCGCCGCCAGCAGCAGCAGAAGGUGGUUCUCCACCUCCUCCAUCCAAUCCUAGUCCUCCAUCUUCAACUCCUUCUCCCCCUCCCCCCGAUACGAUUUCACCUUCUCCACCUCCACCAACUAAUGUCCCAACACCACCUUCAUCAACAGGAGAACCACCUAAAGUAUCUCCCCCAUCCCACAAGGUUUCUCCUCCUCCUCCUGAUUCUCAAUCUCCACCUUCAGAUAACUCCCCUCCACCAAGAUCCACAGUACCAUCACCUCCUCCUUCAGUCCCUUCAUCGUCUGCUCCUCCUCCAUUUAGUGAUCCUGGUUCUCCAACUAAUUCUUCUGGUGGAAGUCCUGUUACCCCUCCAAUUUCUGUUACACCAGAACGACCAAUUCCACCAAUCAAUGGUACCAAUACUACAGCAAAUAGCUCAGCCACUGGUAAAGGGGGUUUCAGCACUGGAACAUCUGUGGCAGUUGGCAGUGUGGUUGGUGUUCUAUUGCUCAGUCUUGUUAUCAUGGCUAUGUGGUUUGUUCAGAAACGGAAGAGAAGAAAGAAGAGUAUCCCUUACACCAUGGCUUCUCCUUUUUCCUCCCAAAACUCAGAUUCCGUCUUCCUAAGGCCCCAUUCUUCAGUUCCUGUAUUAGGAAGUCGUACUGAUAGUGAGUUCAAGUAUUCACCAUCAGAAGGAGGUGGAGUAGGUAAUUCGAGAUCGUUUGCUUAUGAUGACCUACACCAGGCAACAAAUGGGUUCUCAUCGAACAAUCUUUUGGGGGAAGGUGGUUUUGGUUGUGUGUACAAAGGCACCCUUGCAGAUGGAAGAGACGUAGCUGUUAAACAACUUAAAGUGGGUGGUGGACAGGGAGAACGAGAGUUCAGAGCUGAAGUUGAGAUUAUUAGCCGAGUACACCAUCGGCAUUUGGUUUCCCUGGUUGGUUACUGUAUCUCUGAUUAUCAAAGAUUGCUUGUCUACGAUUAUGUUCCAAACAAUACCCUUCAUUACCAUCUACACGGGGAGAACAUGCCAGUUUUGGCUUGGGGUACACGUGUUCGAAUUGCUGCUGGCGCAGCUCGUGGAAUUGCUUAUCUACAUGAAGAUUGUCAUCCACGCAUUAUUCACAGGGAUAUUAAAUCGUCUAACAUUCUUCUUGAUAUCAACUUUGAAGCUCAGGUUGCUGAUUUUGGGCUUGCUAAAUUGGCACUGGAUUCACAUACUCAUGUAACAACUCGUGUGAUGGGAACCUUUGGAUAUAUGGCUCCAGAGUAUGCAACAAGUGGGAAAUUGACAGACAAAUCUGAUGUUUUCUCUUUUGGGGUUGUACUUUUGGAGUUGAUUACUGGUCGAAAGCCUGUAGAUUCUUCUCAGCCUCUAGGGGAUGAGAGCUUAGUUGAAUGGGCUCGACCAUUGCUUGCGCAAGCUAUUGAGGACGAGAAUUUUGAUGAAUUGGUGGAUCCAAGGCUAGACAACAAUUACAUAGAUAGAGAAAUGUUUCGGAUGAUUGAAGCAGCAGCCGCUUGCGUUCGUCAUUCGGCAGUAAAGAGGCCAAGAAUGAGUCAGGUGGUGAGAGCUCUAGACUCUUUAGACGAAAUGUCAGAUCUUGCAAAUGGGGUGAAACCUGGGCAGAGUGGAGUGUUCGAUUCAGCUGAACAUUCUGCUCAGAUUAGAAUGUUUCAAAGAAUGGCUUUCGGCAGUCAAGAUUACAGUUACGGUUACUCCGAUCGAGAUCGAAGUCGAAGUUAUAGUCAAAGUCAGAGUAGCUGGAGUAGAGAAUCCAGAGAACAAAGUCCCUCGGCACCUAUGAAUCGAUCCCGGCAAUGGAACAUCUGAUAUUGUUUUUAUUUUACAUUUCUGGCAGAUUUUGGAGCUGGAAUCAAGCCCCCUACCAUUCAAUUUUUUGUAAAUCUCUGGUCAAUUUUUUCUCAUCUCAAAUUUUCUUUUGUUCCUGUUCUCCUCUCUGCUAACAAGGUUUUGCAAUGAUAAAAAGCUGAUUGAUAUUGUAUUCUCUACAAUUUGGGGCUGAAAAUGCCACACCAUUUCUUUAUACUCUCAAAUUUUGAGGAGCAACUACAAAUGUAUGUACUAUUCUUUGAACAAUUAUUACAUUUAUUCUCAGUGGUUAAUGGUAAGUAUAUGAAUUUUGAAGAA